AUGAAUUUGAGCCAACUCUUCGCGGACACGGACUCAGAUGUGGUGAUUAGCGGAAUGUCCGGCCGUUUCCCGGAGUCGGACACAAUGGACGAGUUGGCGGACAAUCUGUACGCCAAUCGAGACCUGAUUACUGCGGACGAGCGCCGGUGGCCGCCCGGCCUAUACGGUGAGCCCCAGAGGUUCGGCAAAAUCAAACACAUCGACAAAUUUGACGCCCAGUUCUUCGGCGUCAGCGGCAAACAGGCCGACGGUUUGGAUCCGCGGCUCCGACUACUGCUCGAAGUGGUCUACGAGGCUAUCGUCGAUUCAGGUUAUAAUCCCAACACAUUGAAGGGCACCGAUACGGCCGUAUUCGUGGGCACUCUAUGGGACGAGUGCCAAGAUGCGCACACCAGCGACCCGACCAUGGUCAAUCGGUACGCGUGUUUGGGCAACAAAGCUAACAUGACUGCCAAUUGGGUGUCGCUAAUAUUUGACUUACACGGGCCGAGUCUGGCCGUACAGACGGCCUGUUCGUCGGCGGCCACAGCCUUGCAGUUGGCCACCGACGGCCUGCGAGUCGGCCGCUACUCGCGAGCUAUAGUGGCCGGCGCUAACGUAUGCCUUAAGCCGUUGACUUCGCUAGAGUUGCAUCGGUCGGGUCUGCUGGCGCCGGAUGGCCGGUGCAAAUUCAUGGACACCGCGGCCGACGGCUACGUUCGCGGCGAGACUGUCUCAGCCCUGGUGUUGCAGCGCCGGAAGGGGGCCCGACGUGUGUACGCCACUGUCAUACACGCCCUGUGCAACUCGGAUGGCUAUAAACUGCAGGGCAUUACCUAUCCCUCGCCCUCAGCGCAACUCAGUUUGAUUCGGGCGACGCUCCGGGAGGCCGGGGUUCAGCCGCAAUGGGUGGGCUAUAUCGAGGCUCACGGCACCGGUACGGCAGUGGGCGACCAGAACGAGGUCGAGGCUAUUUACGAGGCCUAUUGCCGCGGUGUUAACAGGGAUGCGCCACUUCUGGUGGGCAGCGUUAAGACCAAUCUGGGCCAUACCGAGCCCUCGGCCGGCAUGUGCUCACUGGCCAAAGUAGUGUUGGCUAUGGAAGCCGGACGAGUGGCCGCGAGUUUGCACCUCCAGUCACCCAAAGAGACUAUACCGGCGCUAAUGGACGGCUCCGUACGCCCGGUGACCGUCAAUACAGCGCUCGCCGACUGCGCGAUAGGCGUCAGUAGUUUUGGUUUUGGCGGCACUAAUGUUCACAUACUGUUGCGACCAAACACUGGCGCCCGAGUGGUGACGACCAGUGCUGACUGUGUGGCUAAUGAUGUGCCGAUUCCGCGCCUGAUUGUGGCCACCGGUCGCACAGAACAGGCUGUAGACGAUGUGCUUGACUUCGUUGCCGACCACAGCGCCGACGGUCGGGCCGGCGAUGACUUUCUCGCACUACUCAACGCAGUGGUCGUGGAUUCCGGUGCCGGCGAUGGCAUGGAUUGGCGCGGGUUUGCCAUUAGAGACGUGACCGACGACAACGGGUUUGCACUGUCGGACCGAUCGGUAGCCAAAGUGACCGCCAAACCCAAACUCUGGUUCAUGUGUUCCGAUGAUGUGCAUCAGUAUAUUCCGGCGCUCGAUAGAGGAGUCGGCGGCCAUUAUGGCCGGGGAAGGGGUAGACCUGAUGGCACUGGUGUGCGGUUCGGACGAACCCAAUGGACAGGUAUGGCUCAACAGAUGAUGUGCAUCAGUAUAUUCCGGCGCUCGAUAGAGGAGUCGGCGGCCAUUAUGGCCGGGGAAGGGGUAGACCUGAUGGCACUGGUGUGCGGUUCGGACGACCAGAUACUGUUCGGGAAGAAUAAGAACUCGUCGGUGGCCAUCGCGGCCGUGCAGAUAGCGCUCGUCGAUUUGGUCCGCGAGUUGGGCGUCGAACCGGACGGCUAUUUUGGCCACUCGGCCGGUGAGAUGACCUGCGCCUACAUCGACGGCGCCAUCACUCGCCACCAGUUUCUCAUACUCUGUUACCGUCGCAACGAGGAGUCGCUGCCCGACGGCUUGAUGGCAGCCGUGGGCUUGACAUGGGCUGAAGUGGCCGCCCGGUGUCCGCCCGGCGUAUGGCCGGCGUGUCAUAACUCGGCCCAAUCGGUGACGAUCGCCGGCACCGCCGCACCGGUCGCCGACUUUGUGGCCGCUCUUCAAGCGGAGGGUGUGUUCGUCCGUCCCGUCCACUCGUGCGGCAAAUCGUUUCACUGCCCGCUCGUCGGGCCGGUCAGCGGUCAACUGCUCGCCACAUACCGGGCCGUUAUGCCCGACCGUAAACCCCGGUCACCGAAAUGGAUCAGCACUUCCAUCGGGGCCGACGAUAUGGACGACGGCUGUGUGUCGGCCGAGUAUUUUGUAAACAAUUUGCUGCGACCGGUGCUGUUCAAGGAGGCGCUCGAUCGGGUGCCCGACGGGUCGGUAAUCGUGGAGUUAGCCCCGGACUCCCUGUUCCGGAAUAUAGUGAAACACUCGCUGCCCGGCGCCCGCUAUAUAGGGCUCAUGAAACGCAACUCACCGGACAGUGUCCGACACUUUUUGCAGGGUAUCGGCGAGUUGUUCGCCGCCGGUCUGUCGCCUCGGGUUCAGCGCCUGUACCCGUCCGUCCCCUACCCGGUCCGUCGGGGCACUCAAUCGUUGAGUUCGUUGGUCCGGUGGGACCACACCGACAGCUAUUUAGUGCCCUUAUAUCCGGAUUACUUUAAUCACGGCUCCGGUGGCGGCGACUGUAAACUCGAGGUAGACUUCAAACACGCCGACAAUCGAUACUAUUUAGACCACGCGAUCAAUGGUAGAGCACUAUUCCCGGCCACCGGCUAUCUCUAUGCCGUGUGGCGUGAGUUGGCUCGACAGCGGUCAGUGCCCGUCGAGGAGUUGCCGGUGGUGUUUGAAAACUUGCGUUUCCAUCGGCCGACGUUCAUCGCCGAAGACAAAGGGUUGUCACUGAAACUGAUCCAAUCGGCGAAAGUGGGCCACGAGUUUCGGCUCUACGAUCGGGACAAUCGGCUGACCGUUUCGGGCGGUGUUUAUACGCUCGACGAUGAAGAAGGGCUGACUAGUGGCCACUUUUUGCCCUCAAGACACCGGUUGAGGGCCAGACCGGCAGCCGGUGCUGACGAUUGUCAUCUGCUGUUAGACAAGUCCGGUGUCUAUCGAGAGCUGCACAUCAGGGGCUAUGAAUACGGGCCGGCGUUUCAGCGCACAGUCGCCGUUGAUUUGGCCACAAAUUGGGCCGACAUUGAGAUGAGUGGCCAUAAUUGGGUCACAUUUGCGGACGCAAUGCUUCAGACAUUAGUAAUCAAUAAUACGAACCGGGAUCUGAUGCUACCGACCCAUAUCGGGAGUGUCCACUGCGACCCCCGAGUGCUGUUUAAGGACACCCAACCCGAUGGUCAAGUUGUGCGACAGGUUUACACAUCGGGUGACUGUAUUUUCACUAAUGGUUUAGAGAUAUAUGGUUUGGGUCUGACUCGAGCCCCCAGUAGUGGACACCUGUCAGAGGAGUUAUCGCUCGGGAAGUGUGUGUUUGUCCCCUAUUUUCAGCCAAUGGCCGCAAUCGAUGUCAAUUUGGAUCUGUUGGUGGACUCGUAUGCAGAUUAUCUCAAUAAUGUGGUCAAUACGAGUGCCGAUACAACCGCAGCGAUGGAUAGAUUGCGUGAUCUGUUGGCCAUCAAUGAGUUAUCCGAUGAUAUUCUUGUGGCAAAACAGAUGAUCAUUGAUGGUGUCGAUGACCACAAGAAGUUGUCAUCAGAUCUGUUGAAUAACAUUUAUUUGAGUGAAUAUCUGUUGAGACCAGCGAUUGAUUUAAUACUGGAAAACAAUCACUCAUUUGGGAAACAAGUGUUUAAAGUCUUGGAGAUUAACUUCGGCGAAGAGGUUUGCCAUAAGCCAGUCAUGGAUUAUCUUACCAAUAAUCCGUUCGGCGAUUUGAAUGUCGAUUAUUCAGUGUAUAAUCCGGCAAAUGAUGACAACACUGAAGACACAAAGCCGUACAAUAAAGUGACCAUCAAUUGGUCCGACGAGACAAUUGCCUCAAAGAGUAAACACUUGGAUCUGAUUGUAGUCCGCGAUGACUAUCCAUUACAAGACAAUCGGGUGGACAUUGAUUAUCACAGAGUGUUUGAUUACAUCCAAUCAAACAUCGCUGCGAAUGGAUUUGUAUUGUUUUUCUGGCGAAACGAUUACACACUUCCGGAAAAGUCUUUGUUUCAAAAAUUUGGUGUCAAAUAUCAGCCCAAAGACAGCCUACCGUUGAUAUCGACCGCAACGGCCAGCGGUCUGACACUCGUUAGCCAUAGGACUUACCCGAAGACCUGUUCAUCGGUUCUUCUGUGGCGAAAAGUGGAGACAAUUAUCGGUUUAAACCACAAGAUUAUAGCCAUCAACGACUCGGCGGACGACCAAUGGUUUGAGGAAUUGAAAGCCGAGUUGAGAGACAACAACUGCGAUCACCGCACAACUGAUCCCAAGAGUUUAAUUUGGCUCAUGUGUAACCACCCAACGAAUGGCAUUAUCGGUGUUGUAAAUGAUUUGCGCAAAGAAACAGGUGGUAAUCGGAUCAGCUAUUUUUGCAAUGAGACAACUCCUUCAGCCAAUGAAUCCGUUUAUGACAAUCAACUCGUGAUGAACAUCAAGAGGUCUGACAGCGAGGGCUGGGGUUCCUAUAGGCGGCUGAGUCUAAACACGGAUAGACUGACCACAAGUCCGGCCAAACACGCGAUGGUAUUGGCGCCCAAACUCACAGACAAGUCGCUGACUGUCAAAUGGGUGGAAGCAAUACACAACUCGUGGCCACAACAAGAAGUUAAUAAUAACGAUAAUAACAAUAACAACGCAAUUAUAAUUAAGGUGUGUUACGCGGGACUCACGGCCCACGACCUAAAGCCCGGCGCCGGUCGUACUUCACGGCCGAGUGUCCGCUCGAGACACCCGUCGGGUCUGUGCUCACAGUUUGCCGGCGUUGACGACUGCGGCCACCGGUAUAUCGGCUGCAAAGCGGACGCCUCUCUGUCCACUUCGGUGGCCGUCAACUCCAUCGACGACUUGAUCCCAAUUCCCGACGACUGGCCACUGGCCGGGGCGUGCGCUGUACCCGUGCCCUACGGCUUGGCCUACUUGGCACUCGUGGUGAACGCCCGGCUCGACAGCGAACAGACUGUAGUAAUCCAAUACGGCUCGGGAUAUGUGGGCAGAGCAGCGCUGGCCAUAUGCCUGUCCAUCGGCGCCGACGUCUACACAACUGUCGACAGUAUUGCCGACAAACAGAGUCUUGUGGCAAACUUUGCGCGUAUGGAUCCGUCAAAAGUGAUUGUCGUAUCCGAAGAGUGUGACAAUACGAGUGCCAUCGACUGGAUGUCCGGUGGACAGGGAGUGGACAUUGUCUUCAAUUACGCCAAUACUUCUAGCGUUGAAUUAAGUUUGAAUUGUUUGCGACCAAACGGGACGUACAUAUCGGUGACCGGCGGCGGCGACCGGACCGUAAACAAUGCGUUGAUAACGAGCCGUAAGAAUGUCAGUAUAAUUCGAGUAAACUUUGACCAACUAUUCGGCAAAACACCGGACGAGUCGACAAAACGCCGUGUUUUCGGUCUAAUACGGGACGGAAUCGCCGGCAAUGUUGUCCACCCUUUCGGCAACACCGAAGUGUUCCCAUUGGCGGCCAUUAACGCCGCGUUUCAACGGCUGACCAGUUGUGGGCACAACGGAAAUGUGGUCAUUAAAGUGAGUGACGCGGAAAACGUGGACAGUUUGACAACACCUGUGCCGGCCCUACACUAUACCACAUUCGCGGCCAACCGUUCAUAUGUAGUGGUGGGAGGUUUGCGGGGCUUUGGCCUGGAAUUCGUCCAAUGGCUGGUCUAUAGGGGCGCCAAACAUCUGGCGCUCACCACCGGAACCGAUGGUAAGACCAGUUAUCAGGCCUAUUGUCUCAGACGUAUGGAGUCAAUCGGCGCGCAGAUAGUGGUGAGUGGGUUGAACCCCGCGAUUGAGGCCGAGUGUCGGCAACUGGUGGCCGAUGCAACCGUUCGGGCGCCCGUCGGCGGCAUAUUUUGUUUGCCGAAUCCGGAGUCUAAAACCGACGCCACUGUCCAACACAUGGACUCCGUGUCCCGCGAAUUGUGUCCACAAUUGCGGUAUUUUAUGGCCUUUUUGGCGGCCGACAGAGAAAUCAGUUCCGAGAGGCUCUGCGAACGGCGACGUGCGGACAGUUUGCCCGCUCUGGCCAUACAGUGGUCGGUGGCCGACGAUCUCAAACGAAUCCGCUCGUGUCUGGACGUAUUGAAUCACUUCUUGCGCGUCACCGAUGAGACAGUACUCAGCGUUGAGUUGAGACGCCCGGAGCCAAUGGAAACCGCCGCCGAUGGCCAGGGAUUAGUUGGUACGGCACCGGCCGGUGAUGAUAGGGAUGUCGUGUCGGUUAUCGCCGCUAUUUUAGGUGUUAAGGAUGUGUCAAAAAUGAACGCCUCGUCUAAACUGCCGGAUCUGGGAAUGGAUUCACUAAUGGUUGUGACCGUCAAACAGGCUCUGGAGGACCGGUUCUCAGUGUCUCUGGAGCUGAAACAACUCCAGACACUGACCAUCGAUGAGAUAGUGGCGAUUGUCCGCUAA